UACGUGAGGAACGCGCGGGCCAUGGGGGUGCUCUGGGCCCUCUUCACCCUCUGCUUCUCCAUCCUGAUGGUCGUGACCUUCAUCCAGCCCUACUGGAUCGGCGACAGCAUCGACACGCCGCAGGCCGGGUACUUCGGCCUCUUCUCCUACUGCGUGGGCAACGCGCUCACCGGCGAGCUCAUCUGCAAGGGCAGCCCCCUCGAUUUUGGCACCAUCCCCUCCAGCGCCUUCAAAACCGCCAUGUUCUUCAUAGGCAUCUCCACCUUCCUCAUCAUCGGCUCCAUCCUCUGCUUCAGCCUCUUCUUCUUCUCGAGCGAGGUGAAGCGCCUGUGCGGGGACAAGACGGACAAGUACACGCUGGGCGCCUGCACCGUGCGCUGGGCGUACAUCCUCUGCAUCAUCGGCAUCCUCGACGCGCUCAUCCUCUCCUUCCUGGCCUUCGUGUUGGGGAACCGGCAGGACAACCUCCUCCCCUCUGAUUUUAAAGUGGAAAAUAAAGUCACAGGCACAGGCAUGAAAGUAGAAAACGUCACCGAGUUCAGAAACUAUUCUGACUAUCUGGGCACAGGGAAGGAAAAAGUAAAGGGCCAGGGCACUUUGGAGGAAGAAACAAAGGAGACUAAAACCUAG